AUGACUGGACCGUCAAAGGAAGGAGCAAUGGUGGGCGAAGCUUUCACUAUCAAAAGAAAGUUUGCAUUUGAAAUAAGCUUAGUUGCAGAACAAAAAAAAUUCAUAAGUGAGUUAACUGCUGAGGUGAACACCUUGAGCGUGGUGCCGCGGACUGAAAAGCAAGUGGAGCAGAAAAUACGGGAUGAAAUAAAAAUAUUAAAGAGAUACGGCAACGCAGUGAUGAAGGAAAGAUCAAAAACAGGGGGUGGGAGGGCGGCCGUGUUUCCUAGACUAACUGCAGCACAGCGCCGCGCAUUCGAGGCACUUCGAGAAAAACCAAGGCUGACAGGUGUGGAGGGAGGGAUAGAAGUGGGGCAGCGUCAGAAGCGAAGAAGGUCAGACUCCCCCGAUUCGCCCACAGAUCCUCAGAGCCGGUUUUCUUUGAGGAAGAGGCUACCCAGCGCGCAAGAAAAAGUGCCUACUAGAGAGGAAAUUUUAAAACAGGAACUGGAAAACCAGCUCCUUAAGAAGGAACUGAUUCUCAAAAAAACCCAAUUGGUCGACUUGAAGCUCCAGCAGUGGUCCAAUUGGAGCUGGAGCAGACCCUUUGGGCCAGGAAUGUUUGCGAAUACGGUCACUGUUACUGGUAAAGCAAUUACGGUCAAUUCGGUGCUACAAUGGACAUUGCUUUUCAUGUUUCUUCUGCAAUGA